AUGGCUGGUCGAAGUGACCGCCCUGGUAACGACCAGGGUGAUUAUGGGGAGGACUGGGCUCGAGAUUUACGAAUUCAAUUCGAGCAAUUACUAAGAACAAAACGAUUAAGCGAAUUCGAACAAUCACGGUUGAACCGAUCGCGCCUUGAGUCCUCCAGUCCCCGAGAACGAAUGUCAUCGUCGAAUUUACGAGCGCCAUUAGGUGCCUCGUCUGGUAGUUCUAGUAGUAGACCAUCUUCAUCGUACAGCCAAUCCCGUAAUCUUGCGUCUCCCGCAUUGCCGCCAUCCUAUUCAUCAUUGCGUAAUCUACCCAAGAUUCCGACAGCACCAUCUCCUCACGACCGCGAUUCGCAAAAGUUUCGCAGCUUACUCGUAUCGCUGUCACUAACCCCGACUAAGUACGAAAAUCCGGGACUGCUUGACGAGGCUCUGCAGGCAAUACCGCUUGACAGGAUAUACGCCGAGGCAGAAGAGGAGUCCCAAGUAUUACAAGUUACGGCAGAGAGCAUGGGUGAUGGCCGGAAACCUGAAUGGGGAUAUCAAGAUUGCGUUAUUCGGGCAUUGCUAAGAUGGUUCAAACGAUCCUUCUUCACCUGGGUCAACAACCCUGCAUGCACCGUCUGCCUAUCGCCAACCGUUGCGAGGGGUAUGACGCAGCCAACGCCAGAAGAAAGCGCCUAUGGAGCCCUACGAGUAGAACUUUACGAAUGCUCCAACCAGGGGUGUAGAUCAUGCGAACGAUUUCCUCGAUACAGCGACGUCUGGCGAUUGUUACAAACGAGACGCGGCAGAUGCGGCGAGUGGGCAAAUUGUUUCAGCAUGCUAUGUCGCGCCGUCGGUGGUCGUGUGCGCUGGGUCUGGAACGCAGAGGACCAUGUAUGGACGGAAAUCUACUCGGAACACAAGCAACGAUGGAUCCACGUGGAUGCUUGCGAAGAAGCUUGGGAUAAUCCGUGUCUCUACACCGAGGGUUGGGGCAAGCAGAUGUCGUACUGUAUCGCCUUCAGCAUAGAUGGGGCCACCGAUGUUACCCGCCGAUACGUACGAAAGAGCGAGCAUGCGCUUGAAAGGAAUAGAUGUCCUGAAGAGGUAAUGCUCUAUAUCAUGCAGGAGAUAAAGAAUAUCCGACGUGCCAACAUGAGCAAAGAGGACCGAUUCCGAUUGGAGAAGGAAGACUCGAGGGAGGAUCGUGAACUGCGAGGCUACGUUGUCGCUUCUAUCACCCAGGCGGUGACACGAAUGGUUCCUGGCUCGUCCAGUUCUGGCUCUAACGCUGGAGGCUCUGCUCCGGUACCUUCUGCCUCUAACGAUGACCAGAAACUUCCUGCGGAACAACCAGCCCGACAGAGUGGUAAUUCAGAAUGGGUUGCCGCGCGCGGAGAGGGUGGUCGACGCAACCAGCAAUUUCAAGAUCCAAGGGACCCGCCACGAAGGUGA